AAAACACAUCAGCAGGAAAAAGACAGCGUACGUGUACGUCAUGACGUUGCGCAGUCGACUGAAACGUCAUAGUGCGGAAGUAGUGCUGGCUUUGAACAGUGUGGUCAGUUUGCCUGAAGAGAGGUCAGUAACGGAACAUGAACUGCUAAUAAACAAACUGUGUUUUUGCUGUAAAUUCUCGCGCAGCGCGAGCUCAUCUUAAUUCUCCGCGUGAUGCUGACGGAGUGUGAAGAGACGUGAGUGACGCAGCUCUGCUAGCUUAGCGGCUAACAGUAAGUAGCAUGGCGGAGGCUGGAGCCCAUCUGACCUCCACAGCUGCCAAUGAGCAGCCGUCCAUCUUUGAGGUCCUGGCUCAGGAGUCUCUGAUGGAGGCGGUCAGACCUGCGCUGAGACAUGCCAUCAAGGUUCUGGCUGAAUCCAACCCAUCCCGCUUUGGCUUCCUGUGGAGAAGUUUUGAUGAGCUUUACCUGCUGCUGGACCUCCUCCUCCAGAACCACUUCCUAUUUCACUGCAGCGCCUCCUUCUCUGAGAAUUUCUAUGGCCUGAAAAGAGUUCCAGGCGGGCUACGGCUUCCUGUUAGCCUGGGGCUGCGCAGGACGUCCCGCUGGCGCUCCCUUGUCCUCCUGUGCCUGGUGCCAUACCUUCGGGCCAAACUGGAGGCAACGCUGGCGCGGCAGAGGGACGAGGAAGAUUUCUCCAUCAAGCUGGCUCAGACCAGGAGCCAGAGGCUGUACCGGGCAACGGUGGCAGCGUACCCCUACGUCAGCUCCGCCUGGCAGGCCUGGAUCUUCUGCCAGCAGCUGCUUUUUGUCUUUGGUGUCACCAGGACUCACAGUCCGCUGCUGUGGCUCGCCAAUGUCAGACUGGCUCGACUUAAUGCCCAAGAUAUCCGAGACAUGGAGCGAAAAAGCAGCAUCAAUAACAACCCAGCUGACGGGAGCCCUCUGCAGCGAGCGUGGAGUCUGAUGUCCCAAGCGGCGAGGGGCGUGGCCGUCUCCUUGUCCACCUCCCUCUCUCUGGGCGUCUUCUUCCUGCAGUUCCUGGAGUGGUGGUACUCGUCGGACAACCAAAGCACGGUGAAAACCCUCACCUCCCUGCCCGCCCCUCCACCCCCCCUCCACCUGCAGCAGGACCACGGCACGGACGCUCGGCCGGGCGCCGACAGCAGGAGCUGCCCACUGUGUCGCCGGCUGCGUACCAACGCCACGGUGCUGUCCACCUCCGGUUUCGUCUUCUGUUACCGCUGCAUCUUCACGUAUGUCAAAGCCAACCGCUGCUGCCCCGUCAUCGGCUACCCAUCUGAGCUGCAGCACCUGGUCAAGAUCUACGAGCCGGACAGCUAAAGCUCCUCCAUCAGGAGGAAACGGUGGCCUUGAUCUCAGCGAAUGUCCUCUGCUGUCUGGUGAUGACGGCUGUUUGGAAUACUGUGUAUUUAAAGAUGGACGCUGAAGAUUUUUAUAACUUUGUUUUUACUGCGAAAUUCAGCUUUAAUAUGAUCUGAUUCAGAUGUUAGAUUGUUUUUAAUAUUGAGUCAAACUAUUUGAAAAUUCAGUAAUAAAUUGUUUUCUUGGU